GUGCUGCGCUCGGCGACUGCGUCCGAAGUUACUGUGUGUGUUUAUAUUCUGUGCUGUGUUACUCUGUGACUUACCUUAUUUUAUGAAUUAAAUGGAGCAGAGUUUCUUUUGAAACAUGGCACCUCAAGAACGGACUCAGUGCUACGAGGAGGAGAAACCAGACAACCUAGCCAACGUAGACCUGGCCGCGGAGUUCACAAACAAGUUCACAGGCAGCACAGGCAGCACAGGCAGCACAGGCAGCACAGGCAGCACAGGCCGCACAGACAGCACAGACAGAAAAGAUGUCAGCACACACAAGUAUAAAAAAGCCACGGAUUUCGACGACCUGCUGCCACAUGUUGGCGAGUUCGGGACGUACCAGAAGAUUCUGUUCCUCCUGAUGAUCCCGUUCGCAUUCUUCGUGUCGUUCGUGUACUUCUCGCAGAUCUUCAUGACGAUAGUGCCAGAGCAGCACUGGUGCUGGGUGCCGGAGCUCGCCAACCUCACAGUUGAAGAAAGGCGUGCGCUGGCCAUCCCGCCCAAGACGUCAGGGCCGUUCUCCCACGACCGCUGCCACAUGUACGCGGCGGACUGGGCGGCGGCGCUGGCGGCGGGUCGCACCACGCCCGAUGACGAGUGGCCCGUGGUACCCUGCACCAGCGGCUGGGAGUACAACAGGAGCGAUGUGCCAUAUGAAACUAUAGCUUCACAGCUAGACUGGGUGUGCGACAAGGACAACCUGGCGGCGACGGCGCAGGCGAUCUUCUUCUGCGGCGCCAUCGUCGGCGGCCUGGUCUUCGGCUGGGUGGCCGACAAGUAUGGGAGGAUCCCCGCUCUUGUUGGAACAAACCUGAUGGGUUUUGCUGCGGGGAUCGCGACGGCGUUCUGCGACAGUUUCUUUUCGUUUGCGCUGUGCCGCUUCCUCGUCGGGCUCGCCUUCGACAACUGUUUCACUAUGAUGUAUAUUCUAGUCCUGGAAUACGUGGGUCCGAAAUGGCGGACGUUCGUAGCCAACAUGUCAAUAGCAAUAUUCUUCACGCUGGGCGCGAGUCUGCUGCCGUGGAUCGCGCUGUGGGCUGGGGACUGGAGGCGGUAUGCCUUCGGUAUAAGCGCUCCGUUCAUCUUCGCAGCAGCCACGCCAUGGUUGGUGCCGGAGAGUGCCAGGUGGCUUCUGUCUCAGGGCAAGCUAGACAAAGCUCUAGUAAUCAUGAAGAAAUUCGAGAGGAUCAACGGUACCAAAAUACCAGAGAAGAUCCUGAACGAAUUUACAGAAGCCAGUCAGGAGAAAUUCAGGGUAUCGGAAGCAGAGACGCGUACGUACUCCGUGCUGGAUAUCUUCAGAACUCCAAGGCUACGGAAGAACGCUCUGCUCCUCAUCGUCAUCUGGAUGGCCAUAUCCCUGGUCUUCGACGGCCACGUCAGGAACGUCGGGUCUCUAGGACUGGACAUCUUCCUCACUUUCACCAUAGCGACUGCCACCGAGUUCCCUGCUGAUACCUUUCUAACUUUAGUCUUGGACAGGUGGGGUCGGCGAUGGCUGGCGUGUGGCUCCAUGGUCGUCAGUGGAAUCUUCAGCUUGGCUGCCACUGCUGUUCCCAUUGGUGGUCCAUCAGCGUCUCUGGCCAUCAUGGGCCGGUUCGCGGUGAACAUCUCGUACAACAUCGGCCUGCAGUACGCGGCGGAGCUGCUGCCGACGGUGGUGCGCGCGCAGGGCGUCGCGCUCAUACACAUCAUGGGAUACGUGGCCUCUAUUGUCGCACCUUUUGUCGUGUAUCUAGCCAACUUCUCGCAAGACCUGCCGCUCCUGAUACUGGGAGCGCUGGGGAUAGUGGGCGGGGUGCUGUGCCUGCUGCUGCCGGAGACCAUGGACACGGAGAUGCCGCAGACCCUGGCGGAUGGAGAGGAGUUUGGGAAGGACCAGAGGUUCUGGGACAUGCCGUGCUUCCCCGGAAAAUCUGUUGAAAGUGACACCGAGAAGUACACCAAACGGAGCUCCAUCGUACCCCACGAUGAUCACUUCGUACGCUCCACGGCGAUCGGAUCCAGAGCCUCCGUCAGGGCAUCCAUUAGGCUAUCGACUAGAUCUAGAAAGAAUACGUCUAAAGAAGAAGCGUAGACUACCUAAGUAAUAGUAUGUAAGAAUGUUUUGUACAAAUUUCUUCAAAAGUGCCUGUGUAAAUAGAAUAGCA